AUGGAAGAACUUGUUGAAGAGCGUAAUAAACUACAAGAGGAACUCAACAAACCAACAAAAGAAAACAACGCAAACGAUCUACUUAUUGAAAAAAUCAAUGCAUGGGAGAAGAUUAUAGUUGAAAGAGUGCAACAAACAGCUGAACAGGUGCGUCAGCAGGCUAAGCAGUUGAUCAAUUCAAAAGCUACGAAAACUACAAAUGAAUUCAGAAGCUUCUCUGAAGAAUUAACACAUUUGAAAGAAACUGAGGAUUAUGCUGAACAUAAUCUAGCAAGACUUAAACAAAAGAUUCAUCAGUUUAAUGUAUACGUGACUCAGCUUUCCCAAGGAACUAUAAUUGAACUUAAUAAAGAAGAAAGUGAAAGAAUACAGUGGAAUCGUAUAAUCUAUGUACAAGAAAAAGCUGCCGAAGUUGAAGUUCAACAAGCAUCAACGAAAAUAAAAGAAAGUGCGCAAGCAAGUAAAUCACUUUCUCAAAAGAAACUGCGUUGUGGCGGUCUAGCUUGUACAAAAUGUGGUAAAUGUUCUGAUUGGUAUCGUAGCGAUAACAAGGAACCAGGUUAUGCACGUCGUGAUGGUGCCACUUGCAAUUAUGGUUAUCGUGAUCCUCAUAUUCGUAAUCGUUCUUAUGCUACUCGUGGUAAUCCUGAUCCUGCUACUGAUCAUCGUGGUGGUGAUAUCUGCUACUGCAAGUAG